GCAGCAUCAGUCCCCGUUCUAAUCGCUUACCGUACGCACGCGCGCACUCAGAAAGUCGUACGUCGUAGUCGUGUGCGAACGACGACUUAGGAACUUUGCCGCCUUAGGAUUGCCGCCGACCGUGUGUCAUUAGCUCCGUGCGCGUAAUUGGUGGUGAACCCCUUCGUUCGACAGCGGCCGAGCGGACCUAAUUGGUUUCCUAGUUUGUGGCGUACGACGACGAUAGUCGAGUGGGCGCGUGUCUUCCCGGAUAGGGCCGAGCAUCGUCGAGCGUGAUAAGAACUGAUUUGUGGCUUAUCGGGAAGCGUGGUGGUGUGGUGUGGUACCCGCAGUCCGAGUGAUAUGACUGACACGAGCCAUAAGGAAGCGUACAUUCGGGACGCACUAAUACCCGGGCUGGUGCGGAGGGCUAUCCUCACCUUUACGGCCGAAGAUGCUCCCGUCCGGCGUAACGCAACAUUGAAGUCCGUUGUGGUGAAGCCGCUCGUCACCAAUGGAUUUAUGCUGACGAUACCGUUCAAGGUCACCGUAGUGCUCGAGGAAGCGCCCGUUGGUGGAGUGACCAAUGGCAAACCCUCGACGAUGGCGGGCGACCGGACGACUAAUGGCGACGAAUCGCACAAAACCGAAACACUCCAUUUGGUGGUGAAGAUAACACCGGAUUGCAACGAGGAGAUGUACCUCAGCUGUCAAUUCGAGACACUUUUCGAGAACGAGAUGAUCGCCUACACCGAAAUCAUUCCAACGCUCGGCAAGGUGGAGCUGUAUCCAAGGUACUACCACUGCGAGCGGAAACCAUCGGAAGCCCUAAUGGUAAUGAGCGAUUUUUCCUUUUCCGGCUGGAAAAUGGCCCCGAUGGUUGUCGACCUGCCGCUGGACUACAUUGUGCUCGCUGUGAAGGAACUGGGCCGCUUCCAUGGUGAGUGCUACGGAAUGAAGGAAGUCCGGCCGGAGCAGUUCGAGCGAAUUCGGCGCAAGUUCAAGGAAUCUCGGUACGCGGUCGACGUUACCGAUGAAACGUGGCUGACGAUCAUGUUGGCUGCACCGAAGCGUGCAAUUCAGGCGGCCAAGGAGAGCCGUUUUGCCGCGGAAAUCCCGGACGAGUACCUGGCCAAGCUGGGCCGCCUGUUCGAGGAUCCGUGGGAACACGCAAAGCGGAAGGUAGUACCCCGCGAACCGAUGGCCAUCAUCUGCCAUGGUGAUUACCUACGCAACAACAUGGCCUUCCGUUACGAUGACGCAAAGGAUCCCGAGAAACCCACGCAGGUGAUGAUGUUUGACUUUCAAACCCUGCGCUACGCUUCACCGAUGAUCGAUUAUGCCACGCUUCUGGCCAACUCGACCGGCUAUGGCGUCCGGGAGCAUCAUUUUGAGACCAUUUUCCGGCUGUACCAUCGCGAGCUGGUCGAGACGGUGACCCGGAUUGUUGGCGUGUCCGAUGUAAACGACCUGGCGCCCCACUUCAGCUACGAGUCAUUCCACCGUGAGCUCGCGGAGUAUUACAGCUAUGGAUUCAACAUAGCGUCCUAUUUUCUCAUGAUACUGUACGAACCGAUGGAGGUCGCCUUCACCGAGGUGCAGAUGACGUGCGAGGAAGCCGAAAGGGAUGCGUGGCAACGGGGCGGUGAACCGUUGAACCGUGAACUAGCGGCCAUGAUCUACGAAAUGUACCAGCUACACAGCAAGUACGGGUUGGAUCCAGUGUAGAACCCGGUCGCAAGUCCCAUUCACCAUUCUCGUUAUCGAACCGAAUGUCAAUCGACCAUUCAUCCUUACUGGAACUGGUACUAAAAAUAAAGACGUAAGACGAGAUGUAGGGAGCUGGCAGCUCCGUUGAGAAGUAACUGUCUCUGAUUAGAAGGCGAGACAUCAACUCCCGGCAUCAGCAGGAAGGUUUGUGCAGCGAACCGAUACGAAGCGAGGCGAGGCAUCUUUCCCCAAUCCACUGCCAAAACAACCAAUCAACCAACCAAUAUCUAUCUGUCUGUCGCGACUGUCACAAACAGGGUUCGCUCCGAUAUGAUAAACUACCACAAAGGCAACCAACACCCGUCAGCACGCACGUCCGGGAUCGAAACCGCAACCGAGCUCCGUCGAAUCGACUUCCUGCCACUACGGCAACUCCAAGAAACACUCACUCCAAACACACUGACAGCGCAAGUGGCGCACAGGGCAAAGGGACCGGGACCACGUAGUGGACCAGAUUAACGCUCUAAAACCGCGGCGUGGCAAGGCAAUUGAUGACGGGAGUUGACCCCCGGGGGGGGAUCAUACAACGUUCGCUCCACUUCCAGGAUCCAGGAGGCACCUUUUGCCACACGUUUGCCUACUACUUCCAAGUCACCACCUGGCCGCCUGGCGCAACGGCAAGUCGUCAUCAUCGCCAUGACGAUUGUUGCGAACAUAAAUUAAUUUAUUUCUUUAAUGGAGCAUGAAUUAAAUUAUAGGCCCGUUGUUUGGUCGUUCAGCG